AUGCCGGGAGAAACUACUUCAACAGCCUCACCGGCUGCACCGCACGAACCCCCAUUCACAUACACCGCCAACCAGGGCUAUGUCGAGCCAUCCCAAGAAGUUCCCCCCGAAGUCCGCAUGCCUCGUGGUGCCCCUCACCCAGAGCAACACAACGAAGAUGACGACAAUGACUUCGAUGAUAUCUUUGAAGAUGACGAUAUAGAAGAGGAGGAGUGGACCGGGGAUGCCAGAGAUCUCACAAAGACGUACAACCGCCAGCGCCAACUGCAAGACAACAGCAAUGGAGUCGUCGCUGCCCCUCGGUCGAACCAGCAGAAGCCCACGGCGAAUACCUUUGCCAGUGUGGACGACCAAGUCUCCGCGCUGUCAAAACACGCUGCCAAGAUUCGAUUAGAUACUGUAAAGCAGAGCGAUGAGAAGGAUAAAGACAAGGCGGAUCGCGCCACCAGCGACCAAGUCCUGGAUCAAAGAACUCGCAUGAUUUUGCUGCAAAUGAUCAAUCGAGGCUUUGUCAGCGAAGUCCAUGGUGCGAUUAGCACCGGUAAAGAGGCCAAUGUCUACGGAGCGAUGCUUGUCGAUGACAAGACCGGCGAUGUAGUGCAUAAGGCUAUCAAGGUUUACAAGACGGCCAUUUUGGUCUUCAAGGACCGUGAGAGAUAUAUUACUGGCGAGCACAGAUUUAAAGGUGGCUUUGACAAAGGCAACAACCGCAAAAUGGUCAAGCUUUGGGCAGAGAAGGAAUUUCGAAAUCUGAGGAGAAUCCACAGCGCGGGUAUUCCCUGCCCGGAGCCGAUCUCCUUGAAGCUGCAUGUUCUUGUCAUGGGAUUCUUGGGCGACAGGAAGGGCUGGGCGUACCCGCGACUCCGAGAUGCCACUCUCAUCGGUGACGACGUUGACCAGCAAUGGAGAACACUGUAUAUUCAGCUCCUCGGUAUUAUGCGCAAAAUGUACCAAGUAUGUCGGUUAGUACACGCCGAUCUUAGCGAGUACAACAUCCUAUACCACGACGGCCUCCUUUACAUCAUCGACGUAUCACAGAGUGUGGAACCAGACCACCCCCGCUCCCUUGAAUUCCUUCGGAUGGAUAUCAAAAACGUCGGCGACUUUUUCAGACGCAAGGGCGUCGAUACGCUUUCCGAUAGAGCCAUCUUCAACUUCAUCACUGCCGCAACAGGCCCCGUCGAGGAGCCCGGUCUGGCUGAAACGCUCGAGAAGUUGUACGAGACCCGUGAAUCUGCGGCCGACGAAGACCAAGCCGCAGCUUUGGAAGUCGACAACGAAGUAUUCCGCAACCAGUAUAUUCCCCAGACGCUAGAGCAAGUGUACAACAUCGAGAAGGAUGCGCAGAAGCUUAGCCAGGGCGAAGGUGGUGAUCUUGUCUAUAAGAAUCUCCUUGCAGACCAAGUUGUGCGGCCCGAGGAAGACCAAAACGAUGAAGAUGACUCAGAAGACGAGUCCGGCUCUGGCGUUUCCCUGUCUGGCAGCGAAUCUGGUGACGAGAGCAAAUUUGAUAAAGGUCGUCCUCGUGGUCGCAAGUUCGAGGACAAGGAUGAAAAGAAGCAACAUAAACAAGCCGUCAAGGAAGCCAAGCGGGAGAAGAGAAAGGACAAAAUGCCGAAACAUCUCAAGAAGAAGAUUGUCUCUAGCACUUCCCGACGCAAGAAGUAA